UGCUUUAUCUUUGCUAAGAGACAAAAAAACAUGGGUGAUGCUCUUUAUUUUCGUCAAUUGCUUCAGAAUAAAACUGAUGAAUUUCAAAAUCUUUGUGUAAAAUGGCAAGAUAUUUUACAAGGACAAGAAAAUGUUCCAGAAGAAGUACAGGGACAGAUAUAUCUUUCAAUUGGUCAAGCCCAGUUACUUAUCAAUGAGAGAUUUUCUCAGUUUUCUGGAUUAAUAGACAAGUGUGAAUUUAAUUUAGAUGAUAAACUAGUAACAUGUGAUGAUCUUCAAGGAUUUUGGGAUAUGAUAUACAUACAGAUUGCUGAUGUAGAGAAAAAGUUUGAAUUAUUAGAAAAAAUGAAAGAAAAUAAUUGGCAGUUGAAAACUGAUAAUGAAAGUUCAGUUAACAUUAAAAAUUCUAAAAAACAGAAAAAAUAUAUUCCCAAAGCUAGAAGUCGUAAUAAUUGCCUACAGGAACAUAUCUUAAAAGCUCGUAAAAAGUUAAUGGGAAUGGAAAAUUAUUCGGAAAAUAAAAGUGAUAUGAAAACAUUUGAAGUGCCUGGAUUUUUUGUUAUAAAUAGCCCAUUGAAGUCACCAGCUUCUUUUAAAUGUUAUGAGAAAGUGAAAACUCCAAUCUCUACUUCAGUACAAAAUCAAAACAAAACUCCAAAAAGUUCAUUUAUUCUUACAAGUGUGACUCAAUCUGCCAAAAAAUUAUCCAAAUCAAAACAAAAAAUUAAUUUUGAUAUACAAUGAUAUUCAGCAGCUACAGUAUUCAUCAUUUUUGUAUAAUAUAUUUGCCAUAUCAGUAUUUUAGAUUUGU